AUGACGUCGAUAGCUGGGAGGCCUUUUUCUUCUCUUCUCCAACUCGUUUCCCAAACGACACAGUACCUGAAAUCAGUAGAGGCGAAGCCAAGCGACAAUCAAGGGACCGAGAGGCUAUUGAAGGCAUGCUGGGGCUCCCCAGAAAUCGGGCGUCCCGUCUCUUUGGAAAUCAGCGAGCCGCGAGAGCGAGGGAACUUUGAGCAACACAAAGUUCUCUCAGGCAUCGCCCGGGCCUGCGCCACACCCACACUACGGGAGGGUAGCCCGCCCCACGAAUCAUGUUCAGACUUGGACCAUAACACCAGACGGAGUUUGAGAAGCUGAUCAGGGCACCAGGGAAACCUAGCAAAGUCCGGGAGACCCAGAGUGUGAGUUAAUAUGCGAGGAUCCCCGCUUCGCCCUGCUUCACCCAGAUCCAUUGCCAUGGCUGGCGCAUGACAGGCGCUUGUGACUUGGACAAGUUCGACCUACCCACCUCUUCGAACAUUCCAACGAGCCGGUAUUUAGCCUCGCCAGGCAGUCUUCCAAUACGGUCGAGGUUCUUGCCUCCUAUGUCGGAUCGACAUUGCGCAGCAUGUGGUUCCUAUUCUUGUUAUAAGUCUGCUUACCAACUCUGGCUUUCUUGAACCUGAUUCUCCCACCAUCUUCGUCUCAAGCGGGAGAGCAACUCACAAACGUCCCACCAUGGCAGCCGCAGAUUACUUUACAUCGGCCCCCAGGCCUCCGCUGGAACAACAUAACAAUGGUUCAUAUGUGCCGCCACAACCACAGACGGUACAUUCGUCGCAGGCGGGAUUUGGUUAUCAAUCCGGCCAGCCAGGCCAACCGAGUCCACAGUUUGGCGUUCAACCGCCUUCGCCGUACGGUCCUCCUCCCCAUCUCCCUCCUCCUGCCUACCAACCACUCAACAACGAACCCAAAGUCCAUUUCGCCGCGACACCUGCGACGCCUGGACAGCAUCGCCCUUCCCUCUCAAGCCAGCCGACAUACGCCCUCAAUCAGCCCAAUUUCCAAGCCAAUCCCGUCCAGCAACUAUCUCCAUAUCCUCCCGGUCCAUACGUCCCUCAAGCCUAUCAACAUCUGCCUUACGGACCACCUCACCAUCGACCGCACCACAGACCCUCACACGGUGACCCUUCCGGGUCUGGUUAUUCCUCAGAUCCCGAGCCCAACAGGAGGAAUCACAAGGAGCGAACCCGUCGCAUAUCGGACCACUCACGCUCGACCAAUGCCGAUGGCUUCCUCGGCGCCGCCGGCGGCGGAUUACUAGGCGAUCUGCUUUUCCCAGGGCUCGGCACGGUCGGUGGCGCGUUGGUGGGCUGGGUCGGGGGCAAGGACUAUGGCAAACACAGGAAGUGGAGAGAAGAGAAGAGGGAUCGAGAGCAGGAGCGCUGGGAGAGGGAAUACCGCAGGAAAAACAGCCACAGCCGCUCGAGGAGUCAAAGUCGAGACAGAGACGCGCACGAGCGGGGCCACAGUCACGGCCGUCAUGACGGACGGAGACACAGCCAUGAAAGGCGGAAGGGCCAUGACUGAGAAACGGACGGGAGUCAUUCUUGGGGGUUCUUCGAAGAGCGAAGGCUUUUUAUU